AGGCUACGAACCUCCUUCAUCCAGCUAUCCUAAUGGGUUCGUCUCUUCACAUGCUGAGCUUCAGACUCUGACUUGAAUUAUCUAUAACGUUCAUGUCUUUGCUCGUUAUGAACUUCGCUCGUCACGCAUUCACCCUCUAUGAACUUCGUUCCUCGAUCCUUCACCCUCUAUGAGCUUCGCUCGCGGUUCUCCCUAUCAUGAUCUUCGUCAUUUCCCGCUAUGCUGCGAUCCCCCUCCCCACCUUGCACGAUCCCCUCCCCGUCUUGCACGACCCCCCUCGCACGGUCGCCCUCCCCGCCUUGCACGGUCGCCUUCGCUGUCAACUAUCACGAAAAUAGGGCAGCCGCCCUAACCUCGCAAGCGGCGCUAUCGGCCCCGGGGCGAAUGACUGUUCGUCCAUGCUCUCUGAACGAUCGGUCGUUGGUUCCUGCUCGACGAAGGACCGGUCGCAUGGCCGGUGGUUCCUGCUCGACGAACAAUCGGUCGUUGGUUCCUGCUCGACAAACGAUCGGUCGCAUUUCCCAGUCAAAGGCUAUCGGUGCCAGAGUAGAUGUGGGACGUCGGUGCCAGAGCAGAAGGUACGUCUGUGCCAGAGUAGAAGGACGUCGGUGCCAAAGUAGAUGGGACGUCGGUGCCAGAGUCGAUGGGACGUCGGUCCAGACUCGAAGGUCGAUGGAAGGAAGGAAGGAAGUAUAUCGCGCUCGAAGGACGAUGUAUAUCGCGCUCGGAGGGCUUCGUUAUGUUCCUCGCUGUCCCGCACGAAGAGCUAUCAAGAUUGGAUGUUCCUGCUCGAAGAGCUAUCAAGAUUCAACGUUCCUGCUCGAAGAGCUUCGUCGUGUUCCUCCGUGUUCUCUUCGUUCUAUCGGUUUCCUUUCUUUCAUUCAACUACUUUCCCUUCAUUCUAUCACUUUCCCUUCGUCCUUCAACCAACCUUCCCACCGCUCUAUCGCCUUUGCUAACCCCUACUGCUAGCGACACUAGGCACGUUGCGCCCUAUCAUCAGGGAACGUUUGCCCUUCCUAUUCAAAGGAAGACGCGCUCUCAUCGAACCGAGUAGAAGACGUCCUCACAUUGAGUGGAAAACCUACCCGAAAUGGGUAAGGUUCCCUCGGGUGGUCAGUAGGGUUCUCUCUGCCCUCGAGUCGCGCGCGAUGAUGCCUCGGAUUGCAGGUAAGGUCCUUCUAUCUCGAUUUGCAGGCGAGCGCCUUCUACCUCGGAUUGCAGAUGAGUGCUUUCUACCUCGGACUGCAGGCGAACGCCUUCUACCUCCGUGACUGUAUGCGCCGCACUGACCAGGCCCUCAGUCCGCGAGCAAUGUCCGCCUUUGUAUGAACUAUCAACGCCGC